GUAAAUCUCAGGCCACAGCUGCCUUGCUAACACCUACACGAACACCCACAGAGAAGUCUUCUAUCCACCGCGCAAACCUUCGAGUUACUACUACCACCCCCCAAAAGAGACAUCAAGUAUAUAGUACGAGGGCAGGCCUUACCUGAAAUACAGCAACAAGAAAGAAGGAGGCAGACACUUUACCCGUCCCGCGCUUUUCAGACUCUUUUGAUUUUCUUUCCCUCGAGCACCCUUCCCCAACGACACACCCGCCCACACGAACCGUCAAGAUGAACCAGCAGGACAGCAACUCGGACGGGUCCGGCAACGGCCGGCCGCAGCGCAACGAGCCCCUCGUGGACGAGGUGGCGCUCGCCUGUGACGGUGAUGCGCACGACGGAGACUACUCUGCGGAGAAGAUCGUUGUACAGCCUGUCGAUGGCGAAAUGCAAAGCGACUCACAGAGUAGUGACGACAGCGAAGAGAGGAAGCCGCAUGGCUUGGAGUCAGCACUGUGCAUCGGCCCGGUGGUGACCGGAUUUAAGCGCAUCAGCAAUCGUUUGGUGCCGCCCGGUGGUCACCUGUCAAACAUCUUCAACAUGGCGAGCAACACGCUGGGCAUCGGCGUUGUGUCGAUGGCAUCCGGCUUCAACACGACGGGCAUCGUUCUGGCCGUGAUUUUGAUGAUCGUGUGCGCCGUGCUGGUGGUGUUCUCCUUCUACCUGAUCGGUGCGACGUGCGAGCGCAGCCCGUAUCGCUCGUGGGAGUCUGCGUGCCGUGGCAUCCUGUUCCGCGGUGCGGACUACUGUGUGGCUGGCGUGAUGAUCUUCUUCCAGUUCGGCGCGAUGGUGGGCUACGUCAUCUCCAUUCACGAUCUGCUUGGCCCCUUUCUUGACUCCGACAGCGUGAACCCCUUCCUGCGCACGGCGAACGGGCGGCGCCUGCUGACGGCCGUCGUGUGGUUCUUCGGGAUGCUGCUGCUGUGCCUUCCGCGGCGUGUGGCGUCGCUGCGGUACUUCUCCAUUGUGGGUGUGACGCUGGUGGUGUACUUCGUGUUUGCGGUGGUGGCGCACUCGUCGAUGGCGGGGCUACCGCACCUGCACGACAUGAAGCUCUUCGCCUCCGGCAUUGACGCCGUGGACGGGCUGACGCUGUUCAUCUUCGCGUUCCUCGGGCACGGUCUGUGCUUCCGCCUGUUCGACGAGAUGCGGGUGCCGUCUGCAAUGAACUUGCUGAAGGAUGGGUGUGGCAGCGUGACGCUGGUCGGCGUCCUGUACUUCAUCGUUGGGUUCUUCGGGUACGCGGAGUUCGGCCUGGACAUCUCGGGCUCCAUCUUCAAGUACUACGAGGUGCGCAGCGACCCGAUGAUGUGCGUGGCGUACAUCGGGAUCAUGCUGAAGAUCUGCGUCGCGUAUGCGCUGAGCGGGCAAGCGUGCCGCCUGCCCGUGUAUUACAUCCUGCGCCGUGAUCUCGAUACAUCUCCGUACUGGCUGCACUUCUGCAUCACGAUCCCGAUCUGCCUGUGCUCGUUCGUGCUUGGGCUGUUCGUACCGGACGUCAACAUCGUAUUCAACCUGCUGGGCAGCAUCUGCGGUGGCGUCCUUGCCUUCCUGCUGCCUGCGUUCUUCGUGAUGUACCUCGGCGGGUGGACGCUGAAGCGCGUUGGGUGGUGGCGACUGGGCAUGACGUACCUGAACAUCGUCGCUGGUGUGGUGGCCAUUGUCUUCGGCACUGCGGUGACGAUCGACGGUAUCGUGCAGAAGUACGGCUGA